AUGGAGGGCCUCGUUGUCCUGGGACGACACUGCGGCCGGUGCGUUGACGUCGGUUUUCCAGACGUGCUGCGACAACUAUACCACUUCAUCCAGAUCCCGAGCUUCGGUGGCUCCAGGACGCCCCACAGCAGCAGGAAUAGGUCUUGGAGGACUGUGCUACUGUCCGGCCCUGCAGCCACCGGCAAGCACAGCCUAGCCAGGGCACUGAGCAGUGGCAUCCGGGUCUGUUCCGUGUCCUACGUGUACGUGCCGGAGUUGCUGUGUAAGCCUAAGCACAUGCUGGAGCCGGUCAUCAGGAGAAUCUUCGACGCCUCUGCAGCGGUGGUACCCGUUGUCCUCAUCCUGGAUAGGGUUGACGAGAUAUGCAAGCUGGAAGCCUGUGACGCAUCCAAGGUGGUCAUCUCCGAGUGUAUGAAAGAGGUCCUCGACGAUUCUGAUAGUGACGUGCUGGUCCGUCGGUACGUGGUGGGAGUCACCAACACUCCCUGGCUCCUGACAUCUGACGUGCAGGUGUUGUUCCAGCGGCGCGUCUAUGUUCCACUUCCCGACCACUCGUGCAGGACCACGAUCACGCAGCAUCUGCUGUCAGGCUCCGACGGCUACGCGUCCUCUUUGUCCUUCGGAGACAUCGCAGACGCCACGGAAGGCUUCACGAGUUCCGAACUCGCCAUGUGCCUACGCAGUCCAUUCUUUCACAUAGACAGCCACGAAAAGCUGAAUCAGCGGUUUCUGGAGCUGGUACAGGUGUCCAGUUUGGAACCAGCGCGUUGCUGCUUCUGCGUCGGUGAAGCACAACUGGAGGAAGAUGAAACAACGCCACCAUUGUCCAGUGUGUCGGAAGUCGGGCCAGCCAGUCCCAGCACAACGCCGCUCUUCCCUGUCGAUAUCGAACUCCAGAAGGCAAUCGCGGCCAUGACGAAAGUGCUUGCACACAACGCAAGGCCGAGACCACCGCAUGGUAGCGCCGCUGUUAGGACUUCCUCAAGAUCGUCGGUGCGGAACUGUACCAUUUCAUGA